AUGUCAGAAACUACUGUAGAUCAAUCGGCAUAUCCCAAAGAUGUUCCCCUUGACGAAGAGAUCAACGUACAAAAGAGUUUAGCAGCUGAUUACCUUAACAAUAGAGUUUGUGAUUUCAGAAGCAAUAUAUCUAAAGCUGUUCGUGAUACCUAUCUUGGUCGUCGAUCCCUCCCCAACUUUAUAAAAUAUGCAACGACAGUUAUUAUUGAUAAGGAAAACAACUUCAGUCAAUAUAAUAUCAAUAUGAAAGUGCUAUUCCUUAAUUCUGUCAAAACAGUUGAAACCAAGUUGGAAAUCCUGAAAGAUAAAAGCGACAAGGAUGCCAGUUAUGUAUCAGAAUACAAAGAGCAUAAUAGGAGACUCAUUACCAUGAUAAAACAGCUAGUGGAAAAUGAAGCUAUUACUACGAAUGAUUGCAAGAUCCACUUGAGCACACAGUUAUUAGCAGACUGCGAAAUGGUUCCUAGCAAGGUAUUAUUUGACCGUCGUCUUGUUCGUUUGAAUACAGCCAUGUUAUAUAAACAAGACAAAUACAAUUUGAUUCGCGAAGUUGGAGAAGGAUAUGCUAGUUUGAUGAACGAACUCACUGCAGGCACAAUUGACAAUGAACGCGACAACAAAGGAAAGCUUAUACCCACCCCUUUUGAAAGAAUUCCUAAAUUCUUAAACCUCAUCACCGCACAUAUUGGUGUAUUUCAUCUUGAUCCUAACCGUGUUUUGGAUAUCAUUCUUGACUUCUUCAUUCGACAAUUAACUGUGAAUUACAAAUUUUGGAUUCAAUUAUUGAAAGAGUCAGAUUGGAUCAGGAAACUGAAACCUACAGAUACAGUAAAUGGCGAGAUUGCAUGUAGUCCAAGUGCUAUUAUGGGACAGUUGUUUGGUUUUAGAUUUCAUAAUUAUCAAAACCAACAAAUAUAUCCAACAAGAGAGUUUUACCUUGCACUUGCGAUUUUAUUGAAAAACAAUCUUGUGAAUUUGGCCGACGUAUUACCUUACCUAUAUCCUUAUGGUGAAGAUAUGGAGGAUAAAAAGAAGGAAUAUAACGCAAAAAUGAAUAAGGAAAUCACAACAAACUCUGGUGGAAAAUUAGCCAUGUACGGUGCUUUGGGUGAAGAAGGCACCACUCAAAAAGUUAAACGCUCGGCUGAUAAGGAUGCAGAGGACGGUACGCAAACAGAAGCCAAAGUGUACAAAGCAAAUGAUGUUGUAGAGCUUGUAAGGGCUCUGAUCUCAAUCGGCGAUUUGAAGAACACCCAUCUGAUGCUGACAGAGUACGACAAGUUGAUCGAUUUAUAUCCUGAAUUGGCUUACGAUAUUUAUCGCCUUUGUCGAACUAUUUUACGACCUGCUUACGACAUAUUCGUCACAGAUAAGAAUAGGAAACUGUACAAUUGCUUUGCCGAAUGCGCUGAACGUUCACAAAUGAAAGCAGCACUUGCUACUCAAGAUGACUUGAAUCCAACUCUACCUUCCCAAAUCAAGUUAAAGCGAGUUUUAGUUACAGAUGCUUUGUUACACGACACAUCAAAUUUAGAGAAAAAAGAACGAUACACCUUCUUUUAUAAAGAAUGGCAAGAGCAGCUCAAUUAUUGUAAAGAAGUAGAAGACUUGACAAAACAUUUUCUUCCUCUCAUGCGUCUCGCUGGUUAUAGAACCUAUCUUGCCACUGAUUUGGUUCAGAAAUUGAUUUUGAUCAUUGAUGGUAUUAUCACACGUAGUUCCGAAUUCCCUGACAGCCGUGUACAUUGUACCACUAUGCUUCGUGAAAUUUUGCUGCCUGCUAUAUCUUUCAGUAAUGGUAACUUGGGUACUAUGGCAAGUGUUUGGGAGGUUCUUUGUCGUUUCAAUUUCCAAGAACGCUACGCACUGUACGGUGAAUGGUAUUUUGAUUUUUAUAAGAAAACUGUUGAAACCAAGUUAUUGAAGGCACGUACAGAAAGAUCCGUCAAAGCAGUUAUGCGUCGUAUCAACAAGGAUGAUGUCCGUCGUUUUGGCCGUGACCUAGGCAAGCUGGCUCACUCGAAUCCCACGAUUGUAUUCAACACAAUAUUGGACCAAGUACAACAAUUCGACAAUAUGGCACCUAUGAUGGCUGAUGCUUGUCGAUAUCUUGGUGAUUUUGCUUAUGACGUUUUGGGCUUUGUCUUAACGGAUAAAUGGACAGGCGCGACUCUUCCGGGUAGAAUGGUUAAAGAGAAAGAGAAAGAUGAUGGCAUGCCUGCCACAUGGUUACGUUCCUUGGCCAUUUUUUCUGGAAUGCUGUUCAAAAAGCAAGAUAUCGAUACGACACCUUUAUUACGGUAUAUAGCUCGUCGUUUGCGUGGUGAUAAUUCUGUACCUGACUUAGUACUGUUAAAUGAGUUCGUGACAAAAAUGGGAGGCAUAGAAAUAUUAGCAAGCGCUUGCACGGAUGAUCAAAUAACAGCAGCAGGAUGCUCUGAUUCACUGAAGACAGAAGCAUUCUUGCCUAUUGCGCCUGAAAACCGCCGUGCCUCUCGUCGUGUUUUAGAUCGCUUGCAAGAAUCACUCUGUAGAAGCAAUGUUGGAUUUGAAAUUCUCGUUCUUUUAUAUCAUCUCGAGGAAGUUGUUAGCAGUGAAUAUGGUCUUCCAGCAGCUGACCGAUGCUCCAAACUAGAUCGUGUACGCCAGAGUCAGUUGCAAUAUUUUGAACUGUUGACCUCAUUAUUUGAGAAAGAAGAAUUCGAUGCAUUGAUGCCAAGCGUUACUGAUUUGGUGAACAAUUAUAAAUUGCCUCUCCAUGUCGCGUUGACGUUCAACAGACCCAAAACAAGCUAUGCUAUUAGAAAGGAUAUCAAUGAGCCGGUCGAAGAAGGUACAAUUUGGAAGCCCCUACAGCCAUUAAACGAAGUGAUACCGAGCUUAUUAUCCAACCCUCCAUUGACAAGCAUAUUCUCUUCGGAAUUCUUCGUCAUUUUCUGGCAACUUGGCUUGUAUGACAUCUAUUGUCCCGAAAGUCAUUACGAGACAGCAAUUAAGCGUCAAACAGAAAUAAUCCGCCAGUGCCAAGAUACGCGUAGUACUUUUUACCAGAAUAAUCGUAUGUCGGUAGUUAGCAAAGCAGAACGUCAAGCUCAAGCGAAUUUAAAAACGCUCCGUGAAGAUUUGCCGACACAUAAAGCUCAUGUUGAGAAAAUGAUGAAAGUCAUUAUGGCCUCGAAGACGCGUUGGUUCCCAAACAUCAAUCAGAGACAGCAACAGAUUUCUAGUAUAAUGGAACAUUGCAUUUUACCUCGUAGUCAACAAUCAGAAGUUGACGCAGCAUUCUGUUUCGAAUUCAUCAUGCUAAUGCAUCGUAUCAACGUACCCAACUUUUCCAGUCUCACAUUGUUCGAUAAAAUGUUCUCAGACAACUUACCUGUUUGCUUUUUGGCAUUCUCCGAAUAUGAAACAACCAUUUAUUCACGAUUUAUCUUCAAAGCGCUUCAAAAAAUGCAGCAGUGGCAUGCUGAUGAAAAAUUGUACGUAAAAGAAGCACAUGGUGAAGAUCUCAUUGGCUUCCAAAAGAACUGGAACUCAACACCUACACCAGUUGCUAAGGAAGAUUUACUCAGUUAUAAUGAUUUUCGACGUGUGCUGUACAAAUGGCAUUAUAAGACAAGUAUGACCAUUGAACAAGCUCUUAAUUCUGGCGAAGCACAUAUUAUAAAAAAUGCAUUCUUGGUUCUACGUCAAUUUGCACCCUGUUUCCCAGCAACAACUAUACACGGUGAUAGUAUUUACAAAAUUGUAAAGCGCUUGUCUGAAGAAGAAAAGCGUGGAAAUAUCAAAGUUUUAGCAAGAAGCUACCUGGGAUUGAUAGCCAAGUAUAAGACCAAAUGGGUUUCGAAAGACGCAUUUGUGGGCAUAAAAGAGGCUCGACCCGUGGAGAUAAAGAUUACCCCUAAGCAAGAAAGCUCAUCAGCUUCAGAAAAGCAAGAUAAACCCUCCUCCACGGAAGAAAGCAAACGUCACGAAAGCAGCAGCACUUCUCAAAUUAAGCAUACAUCAUCGUCGGCUUCGUCGUCAAAGGCGGACGCAUCACCCAAAGCCACCAAAGAAAGGGCUUCUAGUCGCUCGGAAUCACAGCAAGCGCUGCCGUCCUCGUCAUCUUCCGAAAGAAAACGGUUGCGUGAUAUGGACUUGUCGCAUGCACGUGAAUUAGAGUCCUCGAAAUAUCAACGCACUGAUGACAACAGUAACAGCAGCAGCAGUCGACAUCAUCAUCGCACACCUACUUCAUCAAGUCGAAGAGAGUCCCCGCGCGACAGUCGCGAUACCUCUAUUCAGAUACAGAUUCCAUCUCGUAAUAAUGGAACUGAAUCAUCAUCAUCCUCACACUUAGACAUUAAUUCAAAAGAUCCAAAUCGUAAAGCAGCAAGUCGCAGAGAGCCAGCAGGAUCUACACCCCGCGGACGCGGCUCAAACUCAUCCUCUAGUGCUGCAGUCAAUGAACCCUCAGCAGCUACUUCCACAGUUAGCAAUAGUAAUAGAGCGAACGAUGACGAUAGAUCUAGUAGUCGUACAUCUCGAGGCCAUAGCGAAGUGAGUGUCAAUACCCCUAGCAAUAGUCGUCAUGACGAACGUAGUGGUAGAACAUUGGGAACGAGCUCUUCAUCUUCAUCAGCUCAGCGUACAUCAACGGAGAACCGCGGUGUUAAAAGAUCUUUGGACAGUAGUGAUAGAGAUCGUGACCGUGAUCGAACUGAUAAAAGAAGGGAUAUUGACCGUUCCCGAGCUGAUAGGACGCGAAUUGACGACAGAAGAGACGAACGCAACCGUAGAGAUGAUCGUAACCGAAGAGAUGAUCGAAGAAACGAUGAUCAUAGAAUGGGUGACCGUAGAGUUGAUGAUCGAAGGGAUAGAGAAAGACAUGACCGUCGCGGUCGACGAUAA